AUGAGUGGACUGAAUGGGUUUGUACAGCUGAGGCUUGACUUUGAAGCCGACUCGAAGGUCUCGCAAACAAUAUUUUUGAAAGAACAUGGCUCAAGAGACGAUGAAGACUACUCUAGUGUAUUCGCUGCCAACCUCCCUAGAGACACCACACUUGACAAUAUCAAAGACAUUGUCCAGACUUGCACAUCAACGAUGCCUCGCAAAUUUGUUAGACUUGGUGAUACGUAUGGACUGAUCUGCUGUGUCGAUGAUGCAGCCAGAGAUAAGCUCCUGGAGUGGUGCAAGAAAAAGGGCAAGAAAAGUAGUGUCGAGUUUGAGACGUACGGCCCAAGAGGCUCCGAGGCAUACAAAAUUCGCAAUAGUGCGAGAUUCCCCGACGAAGAAAUUCUCCAGAAGAGUAUCGACGAGUUCAUGGAGGCCUACGACGAUGAGGAAGAACAGGCCAGGCUGGAGACCGCUCGCCAAGGCCUACUAGUCGACGAGGACGGGUUCACAAUGGUCGUCAGCUCCAAACGCAAGGCAUUGUCUGAUAUCCCAGCUCCGGCUCCCGCCAAAAGAAACAAGUCUCUUUCGAAAGACGACUUUUACCGAUUCCAGCUUCGGGACAAGAGAAAACGUGAAGUCAACGAUCUACUCAAAAAGUACCAAGAAGACAAGGCCAAGGUCGAGGAGCUUAAGCGCAAAAAGCAUUUCAAGCCAUAUUAA